AUGACGCCCCCAUCGAGUCAUGGAUAUGGAAGAUUCCGUCUGGACUCAGCUCGGGGAAAACCACGCAAGACGGUCCAGACCGGACGAAGAUCCCACCAGAAAUCUCGCACCGGCUGCCGGACCUGCAAGAAGGACCGAUUGAAAUGUGACGAGACCCAUCCUACCUGUCGGAGGUGUUCUCAACGGAAACGGAUGUGUGAAUACGAUGGAAUACACCGGUAUUAUUCGGAAUCCUCGACUGCAUGCAGCCCAGUGGUCGCAUCGCAGGGAGGUUUAUCGUUGGAGCACUCGUUGAUGGACGGCCUCAUCAACCAAAGCUUUACCCACAGUCUGUCGAUAACAAACACCACGCAUCUGAUGCACAAUCUUGUUGGCUCUGUGCACACGUCACUGGCAACACCAAUUGGGAAGUUCUUGUUUGACCACUACAUUCUCCCUCACUGCGCGGCAACCCCAAGGCUCUUGCAUAGUCUCUUCGCGCUCUCCGCUCGACAUCUGCAGCAUCUGCAACCUCGCUGCCUUUCUCAUACGACGGCACACUACUUUCACGCAAGCCACGCUGCGGAGCUACUAAAUGAUGAACUGGGGAGGGUCGCUUCAAGCCCUCAGAAUCUAGGCAUGAUCUAUGCAACUUGUAUAGUCCUUAACAUGGGGUGUUUUGCCUCGGAUGACUAUCAUCCAUCUAGCUCGUGGGUGUUUCAAGAUACAGCGGAGAUUGACCAGUCGUUCACCUGGUUCACGCUUCAGAGUGGGCUGGGUUAUGUCUCGUCCAUGUUGAAAAACCAAGUCCAUCAAACAUUCUGGCGCCUCAAAGCAGGCUCCAGAGGAUCCUCUAUCGGCAACCUCCUUACCUGGGCCACGAAAGAUCCAUCUCAUACCGGGAGCCUAGAAAAGAUUCCUGACUUUCUCCUUGACCUGUGCGAGAUCACACCAGACAGCUCCCCAGAGAAUAACCCGUACUAUAUUCCUAUCUGCCUUCUGUCCCAAAUGCUCCCAUUGAAGAAGCCGGUCGCGCAGGAAUUUGACCAUCUCCUCAUCUUUGGCCCUCUCAUUCCACAUUCCUUCCGAAUCCUCCUCCGCGACCGGGACGAAAGAGCCCUUGUGCUCUUCCUGAUCUGGCUGAGAUUACUUGGUCGCGGUGACUUUUGGUGGGUCAAUACUCGAGUGGAGGCGGAAUCAAGAGCUCUCAUGGCAUUUCUUCGUCACAGCGAAGAUGGAGAGAUAAGAAGUGUUGUAGACAAAAUCGAUUUUUAA